GAGGGAGAACAGCGAUCAGCACCACCGGCCGGGACAGCGCCCUGAGCUCCCCCAGGGAAUGGCCUGUCUGGCCGCAGCUUUCACUCUGGGCAACAACUCUAUGAACCCCCCUGCAGUGAUGAUGGCGGAUCCAAAAUCGGUCUGUGUGUCUUUGGAUGAAGUGGUGUCCAACUGCGCCGGGACUCAGGAGACUCCGCUGCUUAAUGGCCACUUAAAGAAGGUGGAUAACACCCUAACUGAAGCCCAGCGCUUCUCCUCUCUUCCCAGGAGGCCAGCGGUGAACAUUGAAUUCAAGGACCUUUCAUUUUCUAUCCCAGAAGGUCCAUGGUGGAAGAAGAAAGGCUACAAAACCCUCCUGAAGGGGAUCUCGGGAAAAUUCCACUGCGGAGAACUUGCGGCAAUCAUGGGACCGUCGGGGGCGGGAAAGUCAACUCUAAUGAACAUCUUGGCAGGUUACAGGGAGACCGGAAUGAAGGGCGAAGUCCUCAUUAAUGGACAGCCUCGUGACUUGCGUUCCUUCCGCAAAGUGUCCUGCUACAUUAUGCAAGAUGACAUGCUCCUGCCUCACCUGACUGUGCAGGAAGCCAUGAUGGUUUCUGCCCAUUUAAAGCUUCAAGAAAAGGACGAGGGCAGAAAAGAAAUGGUUAAGGAGAUCCUGACAGCUCUGGGCCUGUUGCCUUGUGCAGACACUAGGACCGGAAGCCUUUCUGGGGGGCAGAGGAAACGCCUAGCAAUCGCACUGGAGUUAGUGAAUAACCCCCCAGUGAUGUUCUUCGAUGAACCAACCAGUGGUUUGGACAGCUCGUCCUGCUUCCAGGUUGUCUCAUUGAUGAAAUCGUUGGCUCAGGGAGGCAGGAAUAUUAUUUGCACAAUCCACCAGCCCAGUGCCAAACUCUUUGAGCUGUUUGACCAGCUGUACGUAUUAAGCCAAGGACAAUGCAUCUAUCGUGGGAAAGUGUCAAACCUCGUUCCAUACUUGAGGGUUUUGGGAUUAAACUGCCCCACGUAUCACAACCCUGCCGACUUCAUUAUGGAAGUGGCGUCGGGUGAAUACGGAGACCAGAACCCUCACCUGGUUAGAGCCGUGCAGGACAACCUGUGCGAGGUAGAACCAAAGAGAGAUCUCUGCGGGGAGAAUGAGCAGAGCCCCUUAAUGUGGCACAGGCCUGACGAGGACCCCUCUCCGACAGAAGGUUGCCACAGUUUCUCGGCCAGUUGCCUCACUCAGUUCUGCAUCCUGUUCAAGAGAACCUUCAUCAAUAUCAUGAGGGAUUCGGUGCUGACCCAUCUGCGAAUAACCUCCCACAUAGGAAUCGGGAUCCUGAUUGGCUUACUAUACUUGGGCAUUGGGAACGAGGCCAAGAAAGUCUUGAGCAAUUCCGGGUUUCUCUUCUUCUCCAUGCUCUUCCUGAUGUUUGCUGCACUCAUGCCGACUGUAUUGACUUUUCCACUGGAGAUGGGAGUAUUCCUCAGAGAACAUCUGAAUUACUGGUACAGCCUGAAGGCGUAUUACCUGGCCAAAACGAUGGCUGAUGUGCCCUUUCAGAUCAUGUUUCCAGUGGCGUACUGUAGUAUUGUGUAUUGGAUGACCUCACAGCCAUCAGAUGCUCUCCGAUUCAUCCUAUUCGCUGCUUUGGGGACAAUGACAUCCCUUGUUGCUCAGUCUCUAGGACUUCUCAUUGGAGCAGCCUCAACUUCAUUGCAGGUAGCAACUUUUGUGGGUCCUGUUACUGCCAUUCCAGUUCUUUUGUUUUCCGGUUUCUUUGUAAGCUUUGAUACCAUUCCAUCAUAUCUCCAGUGGAUGUCGUACAUGUCCUAUGUCAGAUAUGGGUUUGAGGGAGUCAUCUUGUCGAUUUAUGGUCUUGACAGAGAAGAUUUGCACUGCGAAAAAGAUGAAACCUGUCAUUUCCAAAAGUCGGAAGCCAUUCUGAAGGAACUGGACGUGGAGGAUGCCAAACUGUACCUGGACUUUAUUAUCCUCGGAGUAUUCUUUGUCACCCUGCGUCUCACUGCUUAUUUUGUGCUCAAAUACAAAAUUCGGGCAGAGAGGUAAAGAUGAGAGGUCCACCAAGCUUGUUCGGUAAAUGUCAAUGGGAUGAUUGCAAUGGAGCUUAUUCUUGUCUUGCUGCAUUAGGCAGGUCAGUGCCCUGCUGUAGAGACACUAUCAAUGCCUAACGUUCCUGAACUGUGUUGGGUUAGUGGCUUUAUAGCAAAUCCCACUGGGACACUACUUGGGUCACAUGUCUUUCUAGAUUUACCUAGGAAGGAAUAGAAGGGAAUUGUAUGGAACUACAGUCUUGCCCUGAGAAGGGCAAUCAUGCAAUGUGACCUUGUCCUAGGAAUGUCAUUAGUUAAAUUAUUUCUCAUAGGGAUAACUACAGCAGCUGUAGUUGAUUGUAACCGAAGACGUUCUGCUUCGGAAUCUUUCAAGUAUUAUUUUCAUUUUUCUCUGGAAUAAUAGUAAUCAAGGUGUUCCCAAAUGAACUGAGCCAAUGGGUUGCCAUACUGCCAUUGUUGUGAUACAAGAGAAUGCACCGUCCAUAUUAGUCUAUGGUUUCUAGAGUUCUACGUAAGAGAGCUGGCCUCUAACAUGGAGACGGAAGAGGAUACACUUCUUGGUUUGAAUGCAAAGUCCGACUGGCGGCUGAGAUCUGAUGUACAUUCCCUUGGCCGCUCAAGAGGAACAAGACAUAGUCUUAGUUAAUACAAUUCAAGGUAAACAAAUCAACGUCAUAAACCUUAUAGAAAAUAUCUUAAACGUGGUGACUAUUAAGAAAGUUACUUGUUCACAUUGCACUACAACGAAUGUUUGUUUUCACCAAAUUGCGGUGAUUGUAAUGGCGGUUAGAA